UAUGUUAAUUAUUAAUUAAUUAUUCUUUGCUACUUGGGGUGCACAUAUUUAUUUGAGAAAAUAAUUUUUAGGGAAGAUUGUGGUUUGAAUUUUUACAUGGUUGCCACCUUAAAAUGAUCUCUUUCAACGAUUACUUUGAUGUAAAACGCUUGAAUCACUUAUCAGUAGUCGUCGAAAACAACAUGCCUCAACCACAUCUAACAGCCGGGUCACAACAGCCCCCCAAAAUCGCUGACAAAUUGCGUCUGUACUCCAUGGAGUACUGUCCAUAUGCGCAUCGAGUUCGAUUAAUUUUAAAUGUGAAAAAAAUUCCACACGACAUUGUAAACAUCAAUCUGAUUAAUCAACCGGAGUGGUAUUUCAAAAUCCAUCCUCAAGGCUACGUCCCAGCAUUGGACACUGGUUCUCAAAUAGUCAUCGAAAGCCUCGACAUUUGUGACUUUUUGGACGACAAAUACCCCUCUCCUCCUCUAUACCCGUCAGAUGCCCCCUCAAAAAACCUCGACAAAGCCUUACUCAAAAAAAUCCAACCCUUGCAUAGUGUCUUCCUCCGUUGCAUCUCUCUAAACGAGAAUAAAUCACUCGAAGAGUGGGCACAAGAAUUCCUCCCUCAUUUGCAAACAUUUGAAAUGGAGUUGUGCCAGAGAGGGAGUAGGUUUUUCGGGGGUGAGAAACCAGGAAUGGUGGAUUACAUGUUGUGGCCGUGGGGCGAAAGGGCAGGAACUGUUGUUAUUGCACACGGACGACAAUUGCCAUUUGCUUCUGAUCAGUUUCCACGUUUGAGGGAAUGGAGGAAAGCCAUGAGGGGGGAUCCCGUGUGUGAGGGGCUGUAUUAUGGGCCGGAAAAGUACUGGAAAAUUAUACAGAUUAAGUUGAGGAGGGCACCACCCGAGUAUGAUACUUUAUGAAAAUGCUUGUUAUCUAAUCAGCUAAUAAAAUUAUUCGAGUGAA